GCGGCGCGCAUAUCUUGAAAGCAGAACGUUUCUUUAGCAUUUAAAAAAAAAACAUUCACCGGUCUAUUGUUUAAGUGUUUCAAACCUUUUUUUUUUCUUUUUCAACUUUGGUUGAACCUACCGGAAUAAUGGCGUCUACCGCGGCAGGCAAGCAGCGGAUACCGAAAGUGGCGAAGGUGAAGAACAAAGCUCCUGCAGAGGUUCAGAUCACCGCUGAGCAGCUGCUGAGAGAAGCCAAAGAGAGGGAACUCGAACUUCUCCCACCACCUCCGAAACAGAAGAUCACAGACAAGGAGGAGUUGAAUGAUUACAAACUGAGGAAGAGGAAGGGGUUUGAAGACAACAUCAGGAAGAAUCGCACUGUCAUCAGUAACUGGAUUAAAUACGCACAAUGGGAAGAAAGUCUGCAAGAGGUCCAGAGGGCUCGCUCUAUUUACGAGCGAGCGCUGGACGUCGACCACCGCAACGUCACUCUUUGGCUGAAGUACGCCGAGAUGGAGAUGAAGAGCCGCCAGGUGAACCACGCCCGCAACAUCUGGGACCGAGCCAUCACCAUCCUCCCACGAGUCAACCAGUUCUGGUACAAGUACACCUACAUGGAGGAGAUGCUGGGCAAUGUGGCCGGCUGCAGGCAGGCGUUCGAGCGCUGGAUGGAGUGGGAGCCCGAGGAGCAGGCCUGGCACUCCUACAUCAACUUCGAGCUCCGCUACAAGGAAGUGGACAAAGCCCGCUCCAUUUAUGAGCGAUUCGUCAUCGUUCAUCCCGAGGUGAAAAACUGGAUCAAGUACGCUCGGUUUGAGGAGAAGCACGGCUACAUCGCCCACAGCAGGAAGGUGUACGAGCGGGCCGUGGAGUUCUUCGGGGAGGAGUAUGUGGAUGAGAACCUGUUUGUGGCCUUCGCUCGCUUCGAGGAGACGCAGAAAGAGUUCGAGCGCGUUCGGGUCAUCUAUAAGUACGCUCUGGACCGGAUCCCUAAACACCAGGCACAGGAGCUCUUCAAGAACUACACCAUGUUCGAGAAGAAGUUCGGAGACCGCAGGGGCAUCGAGGACGUCAUCGUGAGCAAACGCAGGUUCCAGUACGAAGAAGAAGUCAAGGCCAAUCCACACAACUACGACGCCUGGUUCGAUUACCUCCGCCUGGUGGAGAGCGACGCCGACCCCGAGACGGUGAGGGAGGUGUACGAGCGAGCCAUCGCCAACAUCCCCCCGAUCCAGGAGAAGAGACACUGGAGACGCUACAUCUACCUGUGGAUCAACUACGCCCUGUACGAGGAGCUGGAGGUCAAGGACACUGAGAGAACGAGGCAGGUGUACCAGGCCUGUCUGGACCUCAUCCCUCACAAAAAGUUCACGUUUGCUAAGAUUUGGCUGCUCUGCGCUCAGUUCGAGAUCCGGCAGAAGAACCUGCAGGGAGCUCGAAAGAUCAUGGGCACGGCCAUCGGCAAGUGUCCGAAGAACAAGCUGCUGAAGGGCUACAUCGAGCUGGAGCUGCAGCUGCGAGAGUUCGACCGCUGCCGGAAGCUGUACGAGAAGUACCUGGAGUUCACGCCGGAGAACUGCACCACCUGGAUCAAGUUCGCCGAGCUGGAGACCAUCCUGGGCGACAUCGAGCGCGCCCGGGCCAUCUUCGAGCUCGCCAUCGGGCAGCCCAGGCUCGACAUGCCCGAGGUUUUGUGGAAGUCGUACAUCGACUUUGAGAUCGAGCAGGAGGAGUUCGGAAACACCAGAAAUCUUUACAAAAGGCUGCUGCAGCGGACCCAGCACGUCAAGGUUUGGAUCAGCUACGCCAAGUUCGAGCUGUCCAUCGACGGGCCCGAGCGGCUGCAGAAGUGCCGGCAGAUCUACGAGGAGGCCAACAAGGGCAUGAGGAGCUGCGAGGAGAAGGAGGAGCGCCUGAUGCUGCUGGAGUCCUGGAGGGACUUCGAGAGGGAGUUCGGCUCCGACGCCACCAGAGAGCGCGUGAGGAAGCUGCUGCCGGAGAAGGUGAAGAAGAGGAGGAAGCUCACGGCCGAGGACGGGUCGGACGCAGGCUGGGAGGAAUACUACGACUACAUCUUCCCCGAGGACGCCGCCAACCAGCCCAACCUCAAGCUGCUGGCCAUGGCCAAGAUGUGGAAGAGGCAGCAGGUGCAGGAGGACUCUCCCGCCGAGGAGUCGGAGAGAGACCCGGCGGCCGAGGAGACGACUUCAGCGUCGCCCGAGGAGCGUCGUCCUGCGGCGGCGGCGGACGACGAAGAGGAGGGCGGCAGAAGCAAUGCGACCGAGGCGGAGCCGGGAAACGCCUACGACGAUCGAGACGACGACGACGACAGCAGCAGCAGCGAGAGCAGCAGUGAUGAAGAGAAGGAGGAAAAGAAAAAGGAACGCCGCCGCCGCAACAGUGAUGAGGAGGAAGAGAAAAAGAAAAAGGAACGUCACAGCAGCGAUGACGAAGAGCAGAAGAAGGAACGUCGCAGCAGUGAUGAAGAGGAGGAGGAGAAGGAGGAAAAGAAAAAGGAACAUCGCCGCAGCAACAGUGAUGACGACAAAGAGAAGAAGAAAAAGGAGCGUCGCAGCAGUGAUGACGAAGAGCAGAGGAAGAAAAAGGAACGUCGCAGCAGCAGCAGUAGCAGCAGCAGUGACGACGAAGACCAGGAGAAGGAGCGCCAGAGCAGCAGCAGCAGCGAGAGCGGCAGCAGUGAUGAAGAUGAGAAAGAGAAGAAGCAGCGGAGCAGAGAUGAUAAAGAAUAGAUUCCAGAUUCAGAGACAUCAAAUAAUCUUUCUACCCCUUUUUUCUGUAUUUUUUUAAAGAAACGGCAGCGAUCCUGAGCAGUCUUUAUUGUGUUUGCUUUGUUACAUUACACACACGUCGACUUCCACGCUC